CAUGGCUUGCGUUGGGUGUUGUGGGUUUACGUCAUGACGUUGAGGAGGAAGUGAACACGUGCGAGGAAAAAUACAAAGUCCGCGUUUGCUGAGGCCACAAACCUUGAGAAAGUUCUUCCUCAACUGUGAACUUCAACAUGGCUGUCAGGGCAUCUUUCGAGAAGAACAACGAAAUAGGCUGCUUCGCCAAAUUAACAAACACAUAUUGCCUAGUUGCAAUUGGUGGGUCAGAGAAUUUCUAUAGUGUCUUUGAAGGCGAGUUGUCAGAGACCAUCCCAGUUGUACAUGCCUCAAUAGCAGGAUGUCGGAUAAUUGGAAGAAUGUGUGUGGGGAAUCGUCAUGGACUCCUGGUGCCCAACAACACUACUGACCAGGAGCUGCAGCACAUUAGGAAUUGUCUUCCAGACACGGUGAAGAUCCAGAGGGUCGAGGAGCGGCUCUCAGCGCUGGGGAAUGUCAUAGCCUGUAAUGACUAUGUGGCCCUGGUGCAUCCUGAUCUGGACAGGGAGACUGAGGAGAUCCUGGCGGACAGUCUGAAGGUGGAGGUGUUCCGUCAGACAGUAGCAGAGCAAGUUCUAGUGGGGAGCUACUGUGCCUUCAGCAAUCAGGGGGGACUGGUACACCCCAAAACCUCCAUAGAAGACCAGGAUGAGCUCUCCUCCCUACUCCAAGUGCCUCUGGUGGCUGGAACAGUGAACCGUGGUAGCGAGGUCAUCGCCGCAGGGAUGGUGGUAAAUGACUGGUGUGCCUUCACUGGGCUGGACACCACCAGCACAGAGCUGUCCGUCAUCGAGAGUGUGUUCAGACUGAGCGAGGCGCAGCCCAGUGCCAUCGCUACCACGAUGAGAGACUCUCUAAUUGACAGCCUCACAUAAGAUGCCAGUCCGCCUUGAAUGAAAGGUAUGAGUCAUCCCUGAAAAUCUGUUGCAGACCACUCGCUGUCAUUUGAUAUGGUUAACACCUUCCACGUUUAGAGUUGGACAUUUGCAUGGUAUGACAAUGCUAGACUUCAUAAUUCCUUGAAGAGAUGCUCCGGUACUAGGAAAUAGUUUUUUAUACCUCCUGCUUUGGGCUGGAUGUGUCAAUGUGUAGAUCAUACUUUCUUACCUCAAUUAGCCACGUAAUCCUUAGUUUCAAAGCGACUCUUUUCUUGAAGGUGUGCUGCGCCAUUUUCCUUACAUUUUCCCCCAUAUGGGCCAGCACCCUAGCAAUUCGAGUUCUAGCCAAUGAUCACCAGCCCCUCUCAUUUAAGUGACAGCAAGCAAGAGGCUUGUCCAGCUUUAUCCAAUGAGGUUGCAGGGCUGGCCCAACGGCUCAGUGGACACAGCAGAGACAGCAAAGACGUGGUACAUACAGUGCAUUCAAGGUAUUCAGACCCUAUGACUUUUUUUCACAUUUUGUUACUUACAGCUUAUUCUAAAAUGGAUGAAAUCGGUUUUUCCCCUCAUCAAUCUACACACACUACCACAUAAUGACAAAGCAAAAACAGGUUUUUACAAGAUUUUACUCAUUUAUUAAAAAUAAACUGAAAUAUCACAUUUACAUAAGUAUUCAGAUCUUUUACUCAGUACUUUGUUGAAGCACCUUUGGCAGCGAUUAGAGCCUCAAGUCUUCUUCGGUAUGACGCUACAAGCUUUGCACACCUGUAUUUUGGGAGUUUCUUCCAUUCUCCUCUGCAGAUCCUCUCAAGCUCUGUCAGGUUGGAUGGGGAACGUUGCUGCACAGCUAUUUUCAGGUCUCUCCAGAGAUGUUCAAGUCCUGCCUCUGACUGGGCAACUCAAGGACAUUCAGAGACUUUUCCCGAAGCCACUCCUUUGUUCUCUUGGCUGUGUGCUCAGGGCCGUUGUCCUGUAGGAAGGUGAACCUUUGCCCCAGUCUUAGGUCCUGAGCGCUCUGGAGCAGGUUUUCAUCAAGGAUCUCUCAGUAAUUUGAUCUGUUCAUCGUUCCCUCGAUCCUGACUAGUCAGGUGAUGAUGCUCCCACCACCAUGCUUCACUAGGGAUGGUGCCAGGUUUCCUCCAGAUGUGACUCUUGGCAUUCAGGCCAAAGCGUUCAAUCUUGGUUUCAUCAGACCAGAGAAUCUUGUUUCUUUCUUUGUUCUUGGAGACCUUCCAUGCUGCAGACAUUUUUUGGGACCCUUCCCCAGAUCUGUCUCGACACAAUCCUGUCUCAGAGCUGUACGGACAAUUCCUUCAACCUGAUGGCUUGGUUUUUGCUCUGACAUGCACUGUCAACUGUGGGACCUUAUGGACAGGUGUGUGCCUUUCCAAAUCAUGUCCAAUCAAUUGAAUUUACCACAGGUAUUUGUAUUUUUCAUCAAGGACUCAAAUUAUAUUUUCUUUUACAUUUCUAAAAACCUGUUUUCUCUUUGACAUUAUGGGGUAUUGUGUGUAGAUUGAUGAGGGGGGAAUACUAUUUAAUCCAUUUUAGAUUAAGGCUAUAAAGUUAACAAAGUGGAAAAAGUCAAGGAUCAGAACUUUCCGAAUGCACUGUAUGUGACGUAGUACGCAAUUUCCGGGGACUACUUUUGGCUACUAUCAUAACUACUGGCUAAAAAGUAUACAAAAGUACCAGAAAAUCUCUAACUUUGUACAAUUACCAUGUUUGGUUAUUUAAAUGUCAAUUUUUCUGUAAAAGAGCAUCAAAAAAUGUAAAAUUUGAAUGCCAGGUUUUCGUUCAUCAUUUUUAACCAUUUUGAAACUGGUGGUUUCCUUGCUGUGGGAAACUAGAGAAAUGUUCCCAAUAGAAAAUGUACAUUAAGUCUGUCUGCCAAUUCCAUUACAGUUAAGCCUUGCAUGGCAAACACGUGGUUGAGAUGUGGCGAUAUUCCCUGCUGAUUUUUUGCAAUAUAUAAAAAAAAAAAUGAUUACCCUGUAA